GCUGGGGGCUCCUAAUACUUGCAUAGAAAACCCAUUUCUUUUUUGAUUUUCGGUAUCUGAAAACAACCAGGACUUUUUGCUUCAGGAAAAGGGUUUGUUUGUUAUUUGGAUAUCAAUAUUUUUAUUUUUACCUCCUACUACCAAUACGUCGUAGGAUUGGUACUAGAAUCCCGUUAUUUUCUGCUCAUCUUCUGAUCUCGUCGAUUCCAACCUUCAUUGCUCGAUUUAUGUACCACAAGAGUCAAUAUAAUAACCACAAAAUUUAGACGGGCAAACUUUCAAGGCUAAACUUUCGGAUCAAACAAUUUUAAGAUCUUGACUUUUAGCAAGUGUUAAACGGUUAGAUUCUUACUACAAUACUAAAAUUCCUAAAUCCUACUUAUACUUACACUCGCUUUUACAAUCACACUUUCGCUAAAUCAAAUCCAAUCAAGUUAACCAACCUCAUCACCAAAAUAUGAACCAUUCAAACUUAUCCCUGACUUCAUUUGAUGAAAAUUUAUAUGAUGUUUCAAUGACUCGUAACAUGUCUUCUGGUUCUGUACACAAAAAGAAAUUUGAAUCAGUAUAUGGACCACGUAGAGUUGGGUCCUUGACAUCACUCAAUACACAUGAUUCUAAACGACCCGGUGAUUACUUUAUUUCCAAGAUGAAUAGCAGUAGUACAAGUUUACCUCAGCAAAUGGGGCCCGCGAUUCGACCCAAGCUGGGUGAAUCAAUUAUAUCAUUACAAUCGAACAUCUCGGAUGAAACAAAUAACUCCCAAUUCGAUACACCCGAUUCGAGAUUAAGCUCAAUCAGUAGUAGUUCUGUGGUUUCACCCUCUGAAUCGCCAUCCAUUAACUCAUAUAACUUUUCUGCGAUAACCACUUCUACAGAUUCGAGAAUAACAGAAGAAGAUGAGGAUGAAGUUUUAAGUUUUGAUACAUCUGAAGAUGUUAUUGAACAGGUUCAACCAAGUUCUUCCAUCUCCACCAUAACCCUCAAGAAUAAUUCAAGAUCUAAUCUCACAUAUACCAAACCACAUCCUAGACCGAAGAUGAGAUCUCUUUCAACCAACAGUGUGUUAACAUCGAAUUGCGGUUUAGCGAGAACUAAAUCAAAAUAUAUCAACGCUAAAGAGAUUAAAGAACGACAACAAUUACGUAAAAAGCUUUAUGAUGAUAAUGAUGAUGAUGACGAUAUACUAAAUAAUGACUUUGAUCUUGUUUUCAAUGUACCUGUGAUACGUACUCAAUCAGAACUUUAUCUCAGCAAGGCAGCAGCUUUAUCGCAUAAUGAUCUUGUAUUGAAAAAUGAUAAAUAUUUAUCCAAGGGUAUGAAUUCAAAGCCUUUCCCACUUCCAGGGAAAUUGAAUGUGAAUACAAACCCCAACACGAGCAUAGAAGAAGAAGACGUUGAAAUCACUAGAAAUAUCUCAUCUUUCUACAAUCAACGAUCUACAUCGCUUUCAUCAAUGGUUAAGAAAACCCGUGAACAAAACUUGGUAUACAAAUUACCAAGCUACGUGAAAUCGCAAUCUUCAAUUGACGAUUUAUCGUUAAUGUCUCCUGAAAAGUUAAAUGUAUUGGAUCAAUCGAGACCAAUCAACUUGCCCCCAAAAUCUACUAACGAUAUUUCCAAACAUAAUAAAGAACUCAAACGAUAUGUAUCUGAUUUCGAAGCAAGUGCUAAUAGUCAUGUUGUAAAUUUCCAAAAAUUUAGUGAUUCAAUGGUACAAUCACGUAAACAAUGGGAAAUGUUACACAGCACCUCAAAGUCACCUAAAGAAUUCAAGAGGAAACUCUAUAGUGGCAAAAAUUCAAUAAGAAACUUGUGCUGGAACUCAAGUUGUCCACGAGAACUUAGGUACGAUAUUUUGAUUGGAUUUUUAACUCUUUCUGAGAAGCCGACAAACCCAGAACGUUCCAGUGAAACCAUCAAAGCCAAUUAUGAUUACUUGGUACUGAAAAUUGAUAAUCUCCCUUCAAGUAUUAAGGUUAACAAGGAUGCUGAAUUCUCUGCCAUCAUUGAAGCCGUUUUAAGAAAACCAUUAUAUAGUUCGAUUAUCGAAUCUUAUAAUGAGGAGUUUAAUUUGGAAACUUUUAAGCAUAACUUCAAGACACUUCUUUAUUUGAAAUCAAUGACCGAAAAUGGUUUAAAGAAACAUGAUGAACUAUUUUUAAUCCCUAGUCUUUUGCUUAUAUUCCAAGGAGAUGUUACAAUGAAGGAAAUAUUUUCACUUGUGGAGUUGAUCGAUUUGCAUGUAUUCAGUACUGAUGUUUUACAUAGUCUCAACGGAAUAUUAGGUGGAUGGGAGACUUCCUCAAAGAUAACCAAAAUCUUUGGUGACUACUCGAAGGAAUUUAAACAUUUAAGCUCUAAUAAUUUAUGGGAAAUUCUAACUCAAUUUUCUGAUAGACUUCCAUUGAGUUUAUCCGCGCCUUCGACUCCAGUCUUCCAAUCAUUUUCAAGUCUUAGUUUAAAACUGGACUCUCCAGAUAUUUCUACUCAAGUGGUUUCAUCAGCUACUUUAGAAUUGGUCUAUAAAUUGAUACAGGCUUUAGUUGUAUACAUCAACUCUUCAUCACCCAAAAAGUUCCAUUUAACUAUGUUACAGGGUGUAUUGGUGACUAUUUUCAAAUAUUACCAUUUUGGCUGGAAUGAUUACAAAGAAUUGACAACAGAGAAUAUAUCAAUCAAAUUGAAUAGAAGUACGGAAGCCCAAGAAAACUUGAACUCUUUUAUUACUAAGUGGAAGGAAUCAUUAUUACUAGUUUAAAUAAUAUUUCAACGUGAAUAAUAUACUGCCCAGAAAAGAUACAUCUAAAUGAAUCGUAUAUAAGCGUAAACACAUUAGAUUUUUACAUAAUACAUUAAUUACUCUAUAAUUCCUUUUAAGAACUCU